AUGGAGUACUCCCACAUAACUGCCAACGAUGGCUGUAGACUCGCCUUCCGAACCUCGCAGCCACUCGACCCUAUAUCGGCGGAGAAGAAUUACAGUACCCUCACGCUCCUUAUACAUGGCUUCUCAGGAUCAUCCUUAUACUUUCAGCGUAAUUACAGCUAUCUUUCUAGUGAUUCCUGGGUGAUAGGCAUCGAUCUUCGUGGGCACGGCGACUCUGGUCGUCCAAAAGGCGGAUACCACGUCGACCGUCUAGCCGCAGACCUAAAAGAACUCGUCUCACACAUUAGAAGUGCUCUUCCGGACGUGAAGAUAGUCCCAGUGGGUUGUUCAAUUGGCGCCGCGAUCCUGUGGACUUAUGUCGAGCUUUUCAGCGAUGAUGGCUUUGCAGGUAUGGUCUUUGUCGAUCAAGCACCUCUGCAGGACCGCUCAACCUUCGAUUCUUGGGAUGAGUACAAGGCCCACCGAGGAUGCUUUGACGAGAGGUCGAUGUUGGUCGCCCAACAGGCGUGGAUCCAAGACCCGGAGGGUGCUUUUAAGGGGCUUGUUGCGGACUGUUUGGGGUACCGUUACAAGCCGCUUCCGGGAGAUGAUGCAAGUGAAGAGCGCAAGACCA